ACUAACUUUGCCAAGAGGUGGACGAUGAGCACUUCUUUGCACUAAGAAAAUACACAGUUACCAUUUUCGGCAUUGUUUCCAAGACAUCCCGCCCUCCAAAGGAUUUGUUUUUCUUCGACCGGCCAUAUUUGUUGUUGACAUGGAUAUACCUGGAUAAUUUGGUAAUUCCACUUAAAAUACAAAAAAUCCCUUUGUCCAAAGGAGGUUGUCUUCGACUCUUUUCUUCUCUUUUUGUUCCUUUCUACGUUAAUGGAUCGACCACAGAAACGAAUAAUUGAUAAAGUGGCUAUAUUUUUUCAACGAAAAUGGUGGCGACGUCAAGGACAGCAGAGCGAAUUGGCGGUUGUGCUGGUUCCUGAAACGAACUCGCCUGCACCUAGCCCUCCUGCUCACCGGCAGACAAACAGUGAUUCACCAAAACAAAGUCCGAUAAGAGAACAGGAUUCGGCCGUAUCUGUUUCAAGUGCUGAAAAGCCAGUUAUUCUUCAUUCUACGUCGAAUGAGGACCAUGUCAAUACUCCUCCCGUAACUAUCAAACGAACCUCGUCUCCAGCGAAGAAUCUCACUGUGCAUGAGCAACCGCCCGUUCCACCACCCAAAACUAAAUCCAUUCGGAGAUUCACCACUUUGAAGGCGUCACUACCGCGAACAAAGUCAACUGUACGGGGUUCUCGGGCACUAUCAUCGCCAGAACACGACCCUGACUCUGACAAAGUCUCAGAUAUACUACGCGGUGUAGACUCUGUCAAAUUGAAGUCCAAACCAAGUACGGGCCGUGCACGUUCCAUUUUACGUAGUCGACGCGUCGGUCAUAAGAAAUUGCACUCUAAAACAGCCUCUCACGCGGCAGCCAAGUUAAAUGAAUGUAGCUUCAGGAACAUCACUGUAGCUGAAAUCAAGGAUUUACAACAUAGUCUUCAGAACGGAGAUGGAGAUUGGGAAGAAGCUUUCCUCAAGGCAGGAGGUUAUGAAGCUCUCAAUUUCAUGCUUUGGGAAAUAGCGUCCUCUAUAAACAGGCAAUCCUUGGACGAUCUUUUGCGAGAAAUUGCAAAUUGCUAUAAAACACUGUUGGUACAUACGGCUGGAGCGAAAGCAGUCUUUGCUAAUCUUCAACCUAUCUAUAUCAUCCGAGACUUGCUCUUCGGUGUACCUGGCGGCGAAAAAAUGGAAUCCUUCAACGUCGGAACGCGACUCGCCCUUUUACAAGUUCUGAAUCAGUUGCAAUUGGCGGAUGACGUUGCUUUGCAUGAAGAUACUGGCAAUGGAUACCGACUCAUGUAUGAACUCCUUAGCGAUGAGCCUUCUCAAAAGAAUGGCAGUUCCUCCAGUAUAAAAUCUAAAAAGUCUGCGGCCAGUUUGGUCAAUCGGAGCUUUCCAUUACGGCAUUAUACAAGCUCUCAGAGCAUGCGAAGCUCAUCCGAGCCGCCUAGAUUUAAUUGUUGGAUGCGAGAACUUGCUACUACCGUUGAGCAGUCCGUCAAACCGGCAAGCUUUUUAGCCGAUGUAUUGGACUACCAAUUCGAUAUACAAAAGCCGAAUACUGAGUGUAGCAAUGACAUUUUGCAACAGAGUAUUGAAGCUCAACAAGAUGACGGUCAUAGUUCCACGACAGACACCGACCAGCACGAUACAAUCGCAUUGAAUGAUGUAAAUGGACAGUCUAUGCUGGCGGCAUUGAUCGAUAAUACCGCCAUCUUAUACCUGAAUACACAUCUUAGACUCAUGAAAAAGAUAAUAGAGGUUCCAGCCUUGAAACAGUCAUCACAGUACGGUAUAUUAGAGCAAGGAAACGUGCGUCGUCAAUUCUUCAAAUGCGGCUUCAACGACAUUGCUACGCUACUACUGGCAUGUCCUUAUCCUGCCUUGAAAAACACCUACAUCAACCAACUGACACCACUACUCCCUCCAACACAUUAGUCACGUAUAUAUUUUGCCAUUCUUAUCCUAUUAUAUUUUGUAUAGUAUUGUAUAUGUCACAGUCCACUCCUUACAUUGUACAUUUUUUUUAACUUCUCGAAUAUCACAACGUGA